AUGCCAGCUCCAUACAAGAAAGGUUCAGAAAAGAAGGGUGCUACUCUUUUCAAGACUAGAUGCAUGCAAUGUCACACCGUUGAAGAAGGUGGUCCAAACAAGGUGGGUCCAAACUUGCACGGUGUCUUCGGCCGUCACUCAGGCCAAGCCCCAGGUUACUCUUACACUGACGCCAACAUCAAGAAGAACGUCUUAUGGGAUGCACAAAACAUGUCUGACUAUCUAGAGAACCCAAAGAAGUACAUUCCUGGUACCAAGAUGGCCUUCGGUGGUUUGAAGAAGGAGAAGGACAGAAACGAUAUUGUCACCUACAUGUUGAAGGCCUGUAAAUAA